CGUUGUUCUCCAAGACAAUAAAAAGGCUUCCCCCUCCAAUCUUGCUUCCUCAUCUACAAUUCUCAAUCGAGGUCUUCUCGAUUUUCUUCUCUCUACACACGCACUCUUCACUCUCUUUAUCUGCAACAAAAACAACCUUAUCACAGUAUUACAUACACACUUUCUCUAGGAUUUGGGGCAUGUGCAGUGGUUCAAAAAGUAAGCUUUCUCCCUCGGACAAAGUCAUGGAAGGUGAGCUUCAGAAGCAGAAUCAGGAUGGUGUCCAUAACUUCUCAGCUUUGCUUGAGCUGUCUGCAUCCGAUGAUUUCGAAGCUUUCAGAAGAGAAGUUGAAGAGAAGGGUUGUGAUGUAAACGACGCAGGCUUUUGGUAUGGGAGAAGAAUCGGAUCAAAGAAGAUGGGUUUCGAGAAGAGGACCCCUCUCAUGAUUGCUUCACUGUUUGGAAGCACCAGGGUGCUGAAGUAUAUUAUUGAGACAGGCAUGGUUGAUGUGAACAGGGCCUGUGGUUCUGAUAGGGCAACGGCUCUCCACUGUGCUGUUGCUGGGGGCUCUGAAUCCUCCCUCGAGAUCGUCAAGCUCUUGCUCGAUGCCCAUGCUGAUGCCGAUUGCGUUGAUGCUAGUGGUAAUAAGCCUGUUAAUCUGAUUGCUCCUGCCUUCAAUUCUUUGUCAAGUUCAAGGAGGAAGGCCAUAGAGUUGUUUCUAAGAGGUGGGGAAAGAGAUCAGCUUUUCAACCAGGAGAUGGAGCAACAGAUGCUCUCUUCUCUCUCGUUGAAAGAAGGAUUGGAGAAAAAGGAAGGAGCUGAUAAGAAGGAAUAUCCUGUUGAUGUUUCGUUGCCAGACAUAAACAAUGGUGUCUAUGGAACUGACGAGUUCAGGAUGUACAGCUUCAAGGUGAAGCCAUGCUCAAGGGCUUAUUCCCAUGAUUGGACUGAGUGCCCAUUUGUUCAUCCAGGGGAGAACGCAAGGAGGAGAGACCCACGCAAGUACCCUUACAGCUGUGUUCCCUGCCCAGAAUUCCGCAAAGGGUCCUGCCAGAAGGGAGAUUCCUGCGAGUAUGCACAUGGUGUUUUUGAGUCCUGGCUUCACCCUGCUCAAUACAGAACAAGGCUUUGCAAGGAUGAGACUGGCUGCAGCAGAAAAGUCUGCUUCUUUGCUCACAAACCCGAGGAGUUGCGUCCUGUGUAUGCUUCCACUGGCUCAGCUAUGCCUUCGCCAAAAUCUUACUCAGCUAGUGGACUUGACAUGACGGCGAUGAGUCCUCUUUCACUUAGUUCCUCGUCGUUGCCUAUGCCAACCGUUUCAACACCACCCAUGUCACCCUUGGCAGCUUCUUCAUCUCCCAAGAGUGGAAGCUUGUGGGCAAACAAAAUAAACCUUACUCCACCAUCAUUGCAGCUCCCUGGCAGUCGCUUGAAGACUGCUUUGAGUGCCAGGGAUUUCGAUAUGGAGAUGGAACUGCUUGGUCUAGACAGCCCUGCUCGUCAACAGCAGCAGCAGCAGCAACAACUAAUUGAGGAGAUUGCAAGGAUCUCUUCUCCAUCUUUCAGGAGCAGGAUUGGUGAUUUGAAUCCUACUAACCUUGAUGACCUAUUAGCAGCUGCUGACCCUUCUCUCCUGUCUCAAUUGCAUGGAAUCUCUGCUCAACCUUCAACUCCUACGCAAUUGCAAUCGUCGAUGCGCCAAAACAUGAACCAUCUUCGGGCAAGUUAUCCAUCCAAUGUCACUUCCUCACCGGUGAGGAAACCUUCUGCUUUUGGGUUUGAUUCUUCAGCUGCUGUGGCAGCUGCAGUGAUGAAUUCAAGGUCUGCUGCCUUUGCAAAGCGAAGCCAAAGCUUCAUUGAUCGCAGUGCUGCAAACCACCACAUUGGGCUGUCUUCGCCCUCCAACCCCAGCUGCAGGGUCUCCUCUGGCCUUUCAGAUUGGAAUUCCCCAUCUGGGAAGCUUGAUUGGGGUGUGAAUGGAGAUGAACUGAAUAAGCUGAGGAAAUCAGCUUCUUUUGGAUUCAGAAACAAUGGGGCAGCAACUGCCUCCCCUUUGGCACAGUCAGAACAUGUUGAGCCAGAUGUCUCAUGGGUUCAUUCAUUGGUUCCUUCUGAAAGUUCUGAGAUAUUUGGUGCUGAGAAGAAGCAGCAGUUUGAUCUCAGUAAAGAAAGGCUUCCACCAUGGGUGGAGCAGUUGUAUAUAGAGCAGGAGCAGAUGGUAGCAUAAGGUGCUGCCAUGGGAGCGCUCCUUGGUCUUUCUGACAAGAGUUUAUUUAUUUAUUAAUUAUUUAUUUAUUUGAACUGUUAUUACUAUCCAACAUUAGAGUAUAGUUAGGGAUAGAAGAAGAGAUGUUGCAAAGAACAGAGUUCAGGUUAAUCCAGAGAAUUGAGCAUAGUGUCGCCUUCUUGAUCAAGAUAGACAUGGAGAAACGUUGGAUGAAGGAUGCUGAAUUUUUUAUUAUUAUAUUAUUUAAUUGGCCCCCCUUUUCUUAGUGGGUUGUUGUAUUUUAUUUAGCACAAGUGGACAAGGUAUUUGUCAUUGAUAUUUGAUAAAGCAGGUCAUUUUUUAAAUAUAUAUUGUUUUAAAUCGGCUGAUAAA